CAACUUCCAUAAGUGUGGACUUGUGAUCUUCACAUACUGCACGCACUGCUUUCUGACGGUGAGCGGACGACUGCCUGGCACAACUGCAUCACUUGAGCCUCAGUGGUCCGGCUGCUACUGCACCUGGUGACGUCUCGACGUAACCAUCGGUAUUUGCCAUCUACUGCCCCAGUGCCCCCGUGCUUGGCACCCGCCCCUUUGGGUGACGUCUCUCCAUAUAACCACAAACACCAUGUCUACAAUUCAGCAAUUAAAGAACUUCAUUCGCCAUGGCAAGCAAGCCAGGGCGAAUUACAGUGACCCUGCGAAGAAGUCAGAGCAUUCUCCUACAUCCGCUGCCCAGAGGGCCAUGGCAAACCCUACAGAACCAGCUCCAGCUCACCGCGACGAGAAGAAUGUCCCAUUACCUGACGCAUACUCUGCUCACCCCGGUGACAACCACAACCGCGUUGCCCAAGCCGAUGGAGUAGCUGCUCACAACGCCGGAGCGCACCAGAAUGUAUCGUCCAAGAGCAAGAAUGCUCCUGACACACACCUCGUCAAGCUUGUGCAGGAGGAGAAUGAGAGUCGAUCAAAGUUUCCCAGAUACCCAGGUUUAGAGCGGUGGGAAUUAGUAGAGAAAAUGGGUGACGGCGCUUUCAGUAAUGUAUAUCGCGCGCGAGAUCGUGAAGGAAGUGCUGGCGAAGUCGCCAUUAAGGUUGUGCGCAAAUUCGAAAUGAAUAAUAUGCAGGGCCAAAAGCAUCUACAUCCGGAUUUUAAGAAAGUCCCGAAAGCUGUUGAGCGAGGAAAUAUCUUGAAAGAAGUACAGAUUAUGCGCCAGCUUGAUCACCCCAACAUCAUUAAACUAGUCGAUUUCUCCGAGUCCCGGCAAUACUAUUAUAUCGUGCUUGAGCUUGCACCUGGCGGUGAACUGUUUCACCAGAUUGUUCGCCUUACAUACUUUAGUGAAGACCUUUCGAGACAUGUCAUCACCCAAGUGGCCCAAGCCCUUGAAUACCUACAUGAAGAAAUGGGUGUUGUUCAUCGAGAUAUCAAACCGGAAAAUAUUCUUUUCCGUCCAAUUCCCUUUGUGCCAUCUAAGGUUCCAAAGCCGAAACAACCAGGCGACGAAGAUAAAGUUGACGAAGGCGAAUUUAUACCCGGAGUUGGGUCGGGAGGAAUUGGGCAGAUUAAGAUAGCUGACUUUGGGCUAUCAAAAAUCGUGUGGGACAAACAAACAAUGACUCCAUGCGGUACUGUCGGUUAUACUGCUCCGGAAAUAGUCAAGGACGAGAGAUACUCUAAAUCGGUUGACAUGUGGGCUCUAGGUUGCGUCCUCUACACGUUACUUUGCGGCUUCCCUCCGUUUUAUGACGAGAGCAUUGAGGUGUUGACAGAGAAGGUUGCUAAGGGCCAAUUCACUUUUCUUUCUCCUUGGUGGGAUGAUAUUUCGAAAUCUGCCCAAGACCUGAUUAGUCAUCUUUUGACUGUUGAUCCGGACAAGCGCUAUACCAUCAGAGAGUUUUUGGCCCAUCCAUGGAUUCAAGGAAAUGGCCCAACACCUCGCGACGAGAAGAAACUGCAAGAUCCCGAGCGACUGCGUGCGUUUGACUCUGCGAAGCUGGUAGAUGGCGACAAGCGCAUGGACUUCCGGUCACCCGGUGCUGUGAACUUACGUGAAAUUUUCGAUGUCGGAUAUUCCGUCCACCGACAAGAGGAGGAGGCGAAACGAAGGAAACAAGUUGGACCCAAAGCAGGUGGCCCAUCUCGCCUUACCAACCUCAAUGAGGAAUCAUCGGAAGAGGAGGGUAAGGCCGAUGCUAAGCAUCCCACUAAGUCGGACGAUCAGCAACUCGAACAAAGCAUGCGAAACACAAAUCUGGGUAAGGACCAGGACCGUGGUCGGGAGCGUGCCCGGCAGGAACGAGACGCACGAGGCUAUGGCCAACAUAGUGCCGCUGUUGCACAAGCUGCUCGUCAACAAGUCCGGGAUCGUAAUAAGCAGCGAGGAGCGUUUGAGCUCAAUAUGGAUGGCGCAACGUUAUUGGGAAGGAGAGCCAAUAAGCCUGCUGCUAGUGUUGGUGGCUUUUAGGCCACAGUA